AUGUGGAGCGAGCCCAACGGCUUAUCUGCCGCGCCAAAGAGCUUCUUGUUGCCGAACGGACGGUCAAACCGGAGGCUAGUUGCAGAGGCCGAGCAGGUUGAGCAGGCACAGCACAUGGACGUCCACGUGGACGUCCCAACACCAUCCACUGCGCCGCGCUUAUUGAAUAUCAACGGCCUGGAUGGUUCGACGUUUCAACUCCAAGUGGAUGAUGCCGUCACCGUGGAAGAUCUGUUCCAACUCAUCACGACGAAGAUUUCCAUCAAAGCGGGUCGCCGCCUGGUGUUCACGUCUGGUGGCAAGGUCCUUGAGGUGUCCAAGCCAGUACUGCCACAAGUGGAUGAUGAUGAGAUCACCUAUGUUGCUCAGCCGGUGCACAUAGGCGACGCGCUCCAAGCCUUGCGCUGCGUCUUAGACGAGGAGCGACGGCCCGAUGCGGAUGAGGUCACGAAGGUCUGGGCGCUCGAUGCCAUCGGAUCGUUGGUCUUGGGAGAUAAGUUCAACAAAAGCUUAGGAAGUCUGCAGCUGCCGAAAAGCCUCCAGACGUUGGUCACUGGACAUGAGUUCAACCAGAGCUUGAGAGAUGUGGUGUUGCCAAGUAGCCUGCAGAACUUGACCUUCGGCAUGUUGUUCAACCAGAGCUUGAAUGGGGUAGCAUUACCAAGCGGCCUGAAGACUUUGAACUUUGGCGAUGCUUUCAAUCAGAGCUUGGAAGGUAUUUCAUGGCCCUCCAGCCUUCGAAGCUUGGCCUUCGGCCUAGAGUUCAACCAGAGCCUGAAAGGUGUCAUGCUGCCAAACAGCCUGCAAACUUUGACCUUCGGAUACUUUUUCAACCAAAGCUUGCAAGGUGUCAAUCUGCCAAGCAGCCUGCAGACUUUGAAUCUGGCUGGGAGAUUCAACCACAACUUGGCCCGUGUGAUGCUGCCGACAGAGCUGCGAACGCUGACGUUGGGCAAAAGUUUCAACCAGAGCGUGGAAGGUGUUGUGCUUCCAAGCACCUUACAAACCUUGGUGUUUGGAAGUGAAUUCAACCAGAGCUUAGACCAGCUCACACUGCCGACCAGCUUGCUGACAUUGAAGCUUGAUCAUCGCUUCAAUAAGAGUUUGGUUGGCGUCCAACUGCCCAGCAGUUUGCAAAGUCUGACCUUCGGCACUUGGUUUAACCAGAGCUUGGCGGGAGUCUCACUGCCCAGUGGCCUACGAGCUUUGAACUUUGGUGAUGAAUUCUUUCAGAGCUUGGCAGACAUCCAGUUGCCAAGUAGCCUGCACACGAUGACGUUUGGACAGCAUUUCAACCGUUGCGUCGAAGAUUUCACUUUACCAAGCUGCCUGCAGACGCUAGAACUCGGGGGACAUUUCAACGACAGCUUGGACACAUUGCCGAGCAGUCUUCAGACUUUGACCUUUGGCAGUGAAUUUAACCAGGACUUGAGACGUGUCACUUUGCCAAGCAGCCUGCUGACGCUGUCGUUCGGCGAUAAAUUCAAUCAGAGUUUGGCAGGUGUCCUACUGCCAAGCGGCUUACAGACUUUGACCUUCGGCUCUACGUUCAACCAGAGCUUGGCAGGAGUGUCACUCCCAAAAGACCUGCAAAGUUUGAACUUUGGUGAUGCCUUCAAUCAGAGCUUGCAACAUGUUACUUUGCCAAGCACUCUGAAGACGUUAAGCUUCGGUGCCAGGUUUAAUCAGAGCUUGUCCGAUAUGCCCAACAGCCUUGAGACACUAAGGCUUGGCACUGAUUUCAACCAGACAUUAGACGAUGUCAUCUUGCCCAGCAACCUCCAGACGUUGAUCUUGGGGAGAGGUUUCUUCAACGGUUUGAAGCGUGUCACUCUUCCCAGCAGCCUCCAGACCUUGACGACUUACGACCACUUCGCGAAGUUCUUGGCAGAUGUCCAAUUUCCAAGUAGCUUGCGCUCCAUCUGGGGCUUGCGCGAAUUCAGUUUGCACCUCCUUGAGUGA